CAUGCUUCGGCUGAGCAUGCGGCGCUGAUGCAGUCGAGGGAGACGGGCGACGUGCUGCCGGAUGAUAGCCCGAGGGGGCAGGUCAAGGCUUUGCCGUUUGCAAAGUCGUGGGUGCACUUUAUGGCUGGAGGAGUUGGUGGCAUGACGGCUGCAGCAGUUACGGCACCGCUCGAUGUCCUCAAGACGAGGCUACAAUCCGACUUUUACCAGGCACAGAUUCGCGCAUCCCGAGAGGCGCAGGCGCAAGCUCUGCAGCGGUUGAAUCCGGUGCGCAGCGCAAUGCACCACCUGUCCGAGACGCUGCAGAUCCUAGGCUCGGUGUACAGGACCGAGGGACCGCGCGCAUUGUUCAAGGGCCUGGGGCCGAAUCUAGUGGGCGUCAUUCCCGCCAGGAGCAUCAACUUUUACGUCUACGGCAACGGCAAGAGGCUCAUGGCCGAGUACUGGAACAGGGGCGAGGAGGCGCCGUGGGUGCACCUCAUGGCGGGCGUCACGGCAGGCGUGGCAACGAGCACUGCGACGAACCCGAUCUGGAUGGUCAAGACGAGGCUGCAGCUGGACAAGAACGUCUCUGAGCGCACUGGCGGAGCGACGCAGAGGCUGUACCGCAACAGCUGGGACUGCGUCAAGCAGGUUGUGCGCGACGAGGGCGUCCGAGGACUGUACAAGGGCAUGAGCGCGAGCUACCUGGGCGUGGUCGAGUCGACGAUGCAGUGGAUGCUGUACGAGCAGCUCAAGGCCUAUCUCGCGCGGAGGGAGUUUGCGAUCCAGGCCAGCGGCAGAGAAAAGAACUGGUGGGACAAGGUCGUCGACGUCUUGGGCAACGGCGGAGCUGCUGGAGGUGCAAAGCUGGUCGCUGCCGUCAUUGCCUAUCCCCACGAGGUUGCGCGAACCCGUCUGCGACAGGCUCCCAUGGGAGAUGGCAAGCUCAAAUACACGGGCCUGAUACAGUGCUUCAAGCUUGUCUGGAAGGAGGAGGGUCUCAUGGGCCUCUACGGCGGCCUGACACCUCACCUUAUGCGCACGGUUCCCAGCGCGGCAAUGAUGUUUGCCAUGUAUGAGGUCAUCUUGCGCUUCUUCCACACGCCAGCCUAAGGUGGGCUGGCUUUAUGGGCUGGCUUUAUGAAAGAUUGCGAGGACGGCAGGGAAUGUACGAUACCAACAACCAAAAAAGGUCGAAACGGGACACCGAAAAGGGACACACACAAACACACACACCACACACAUACGAUGCAAAAGCGGGCAGAAACUUGUCAUUUACACCUAUACUGUACAUUAUGCCUACUUCGAACGGGACCAAAGAGACGAUAGAGGUGGUAAAGACGGGGAUCAGGACAAACUUCACGGCGUUUAAGGGGGGGUGGUUUUCCAUUUUACUAUGACCCAGGCACGAAAUGAACGUCAAGGAACAGACAAAAGGGAAAAAGAAAAAAAGGAAAAGAACAAAAAAAAAAGCAGAGAGGAAAGGGAACUUUGCUAGGAAAUUGGGAAGAGGGAUUCAAGGGAUGGACUCUACUCUAUGCUAUACCUUUGCUAUGGCGAUGGCAUUUGAUGCUAUGCCCUAUAGGUCUCUAUAGGUGGUUGAGAUCGCCAAUUGAGGUUACAUAUCACAACAUCAUUUAGUCUUUCUCG